UGUAGAAUGGAGGGCUACUGCUGGCUCCCCUAUGGUACCUGCAAGUUGUCCUUGCGUGAGAGGUUAAAGAAGAACGAAGAUAUGUCCAUUGAACGAGAGUUGGAUAUUAUGGCACUUCCAUCAGGGCUUGUGUCCAUGUCACUUGCCAAGACAUCAAUAAAUAAAGUUCCUGGAGAAGAGUUCUCUGGAAAUCUUCCAUGAAAUACUGGAUGUACAGAUUCAAGUUCUCCGUCACUGACUCUGAUGGCAACAUCAUACUGUGAGUCCUGCUCAUAAUCUAAGGACCUUGUGAGAAACACAUAACCCAUACUGUCUACUGUUAUUAUAUCAUUUGGUAUAAAUGUUGAAAAGAGACAAAUUGCUCCAUUGUCACUGUCUUGAGCAUAUACUUGCCCUA